UUCCCACUCAGAGCCAGUGAGGACUAAUUUAGGGUUUUGCGAGGAGGAGGCAAAGUCUUCCUGGGGCUUCGAAGGGAGAGGAAUCGGGGCAUGGGGCUGACAGACACGCAGCGGUCAAUCUGCAAUGCACCCAACGCGCUCCUUGUUCAGCAAUUGUUGGAUUCCGUGACGCAGGCCUGAUCUCUGCAUACAAACCCAUCUCUGUCCUCCAGCAGGAAAUUUAUUGCCGGAGUCGUGAAGCGGGGCGGUGAUUUGGGAUCCCCUUUUGUGUUGCAGAGCUGACAGGUCAGGUGUAGUCGAUGGAGCUAGCCGAAGUACCGCCGAGCAGCAUCCGUGCCCAGAAGCUCGCCCAGGUGAACGAUGAAGCGAAUUCGGGGUUGGGAGGGUCCGGAACGCCUGGCAAACUUCGAGUUGUGAGGGUGAAGCGGAAGAGAGAGCAGGCACCCAUUGAGAAUCUCUGGCUGGAGGUCAGCGAUCCACCAAGCAAACGACAUGAGCCGGAUAUCAGCAGGUUGUCGUUGUCCACAGCUGAGGCUACAGCUCUUCCUGCUAACAUUGUAGACACAACUCCGCCGUCGAAACUACUCUUUCGAAGGCUGGAGACUGUUAGUCCAUCUCAUAGUCAGACGGAGGCGUCAUUGUAUGAAUCUCUCUUGCAAAAGGUUAAAGAAAGAAAGCACGCACAUGAGAAUCGGAAAGAACCACGAGAUACUCGGGCUAAAAGCAAGGCUCAGGAAAAACAGAAGCAGGAUCAGUUACUUGCUGCUGCCAGGAUUCAACACGAGGCUGUUGCGAAAAGAGCACGCUUUGAACAAGUCUGGAAAAGCCGGAGAGAUGGUGCUAAAGCUUCUGCUGAAGGUGUAGAUCCCGACCCCAUGCGGGGGCUUUUUCAACUUUACGAUGUUGUCCGGGUUGAUGAAGAAUCUGCCGAAACCCUUGAAAAGCGAGAGAAAGCUAGAAGGGAAGCUGAACUUGCUCAAGCAGCUCUAGUGGCCAAUUAUUUGCCUCUAUUACGGGAGUGCAUGCCAGAAGCGGCUGCGGAUAUUGAAAAGGACCUAUCGUCCAGUAAUGUUCCAGUCGAGACAGAUGAUUAUGUAUAUGACGUAUAUGCGAUGGACGAGGGAUUCAGUGACCGUGAGGGUGAAGACGAAGAAUUUUAUCCCACGGUACAAAUUGUAGAAACCGAGGGCUUCGAGUGGGGGCAGCCUGGUGAAUCGGAUUAUGAUAGUGAGGAUUCUAACGACGAGAACAAUCCUUUGAACGACUACCCUGACGAAGACGAUUUUGGCGAUUUUGGAGAUCAGAAGAGUAACAAUGACAGUGAUGAGACGGAUUUUGACCUCGUUGGUUCAGAUAGUGGUUCAGAUUAUGACACAGCUCCAUAUGAUAACGAGCAAGAGCUACGUUGGGGACGUCGUCUUUGAGAGCUUAAAAAAUGCUCUCCCAGUGGGCAGACCACCCUGUAGAAUGUGGAAUAUUUAGUUUAUGUCAGCUUAAAUGCUCUCAAAUUUGUAGUCUAUGCAGUACUGGUUCUUGCAAUCAGUGUUGAUAUUGCAGCUUUUAAACCAAUGAAGUGGAUUCUACCCUUGUCCUUUGGGCGUUACCCAGUGCCCAGUGGAAUUAUUACUCAUGUGCAAGUAUAUCGAGCCAUUUUAAUUAAGGUACUGAUGGCUUGAAUAUACAACAUAGUUUUAGACAGACAAUAGUUUCUGUCAAUGUUUGUAACACAA